AUGGCGUCGUUCGCUGUGUCCGGCGCGGGCGCGAGGCUCGGGGUCGUGCGGCCCGGCGGCUCGGCGCGAUCUGGCGGGGAGCGGAGGAGUGGGGUGGACUUGCCGUCGGUGCUCUUCAGGAGGAAGGACGCCUUCUCUCGUACCGUUGUGAGCUGCGCUGGUGCUCCUGGAAAGGUGCUGGUGCCUGGAGGUGGCAGUGAUGACUUGCUUUCCUCCGCGGAACCUGUCGUGGACACUCCAGAGCAGCAUGAAGAACUACAGGUACCUGACGCAGAACUGGUUGUGGAGGAGAAGGCAUACUCAUCAGCAGCUAAAGCAACCUCAGCAGCGGCUGAAGCAAGCUCCGAAGUUGAGGCAGCCAUCAAAGCCAAAGCACCACUCGUGGAGGAGAAACCACGAGUUAUCUCCCCACCAGGAGAUGGUCAGCGAAUAUAUGAGAUUGACCCAAUGCUGGAAGGGUUUCGGGGCCACCUUGACUACCGAUACAGUGAAUAUAAGAGAAUGCGUGCGGCUAUUGAUCAACAUGAAGGUGGUUUGGAUGCAUUUUCACGCGGGUACGAAAAGCUUGGAUUUACUCGCAGCGCUGAAGGUAUCACUUACAGAGAAUGGGCUCCUGGAGCAUACUCUGCAGCAUUAGUAGGUGACUUCAACAACUGGAAUCCAAAUGCUGAUGCUAUGACCAGAAAUGAGUAUGGCGUUUGGGAGAUUUUCCUGCCUAAUAAUGCUGAUGGUUCCCCUGCUAUUCCUCAUGGCUCACGUGUAAAGAUACGGAUGGAUACACCAUCUGGUGUGAAGGAUUCCAUUCCUGCGUGGAUCAAGUUUUCUGUGCAGGCUCCAGGUGAAAUACCAUACAAUGGUAUAUAUUAUGAUCCACCUGAAGAGGAGAAAUAUGUAUUCAAACACCCUCAACCUAAGCGGCCAAAGUCACUGCGGAUAUACGAAUCACAUGUUGGAAUGAGUAGCCCGGAACCAAAGAUAAAUACGUAUGCUAACUUCAGAGAUGAGGUGCUGCCAAGAAUUAAAAGGCUUGGAUACAAUGCAGUACAGAUAAUGGCAAUCCAGGAACACUCUUAUUAUGCAAGCUUUGGGUACCAUGUUACAAAUUUUUUUGCACCAAGUAGCCGUUUUGGGACUCCAGACGACCUAAAAUCUCUGAUUGACAAAGCUCAUGAGCUUGGCUUGCUAGUGCUCAUGGAUAUUGUUCAUAGUCAUGCAUCAAAUAAUACCUUGGACGGUUUGAAUGGUUUCGAUGGCACUGAUACACAUUACUUCCAUGGUGGUCCACGGGGCCAUCAUUGGAUGUGGGAUUCUCGCCUAUUCAAUUAUGGGAGUUGGGAAGUUUUGAGAUAUCUGCUGUCAAAUGCAAGAUGGUGGCUUGAAGAAUAUAAGUUUGAUGGGUUUCGAUUUGAUGGGGUGACCUCCAUGAUGUAUACUCACCAUGGAUUACAAGUGGCAUUCACUGGGAACUAUGGUGAGUAUUUUGGAUUUGCCACUGAUGUUGAUGCAGUAGUUUACCUAAUGCUGGUAAACGAUCUUAUUCAUGGGCUUUAUCCAGAAGCUGUUUCCAUUGGUGAAGAUGUCAGCGGAAUGCCUACGUUUUGUAUUCCUGUCCAAGAUGGUGGUGUUGGUUUUGAUUAUCGCCUUCAUAUGGCUGUCCCAGACAAAUGGAUUGAACUUCUGAAGCAAAGUGAUGAAUAUUGGAAAAUGGAUGAUAUCGUGCACACCUUAACAAAUAGAAGGUGGCUAGAAAAGUGUGUCACUUAUUGUGAAAGUCAUGAUCAAGCUCUAGUUGGUGACAAGACAAUUGCAUUCUGGUUGAUGGAUAAGGAUAUGUAUGAUUUCAUGGCUCUGGACAGGCCUUCAACACCUCAAAUCGAUCGUGGGAUAGCAUUACAUAAAAUGAUUAGGCUUGUCACAAUGGGUUUAGGAGGUGAAGGCUAUCUAAAUUUCAUGGGAAAUGAGUUUGGGCAUCCCGAAUGGAUAGAUUUUCCAAGAGGUCCUCAAAGUCUUCCAAAUGGCUCUGUCAUUCCUGGGAAUAACUAUAGCUUUGAUAAAUGCCGUCGUAGAUUUGACCUUGGAGAUGCAGAUUAUCUUAGAUAUCGUGGUAUGCAAGAGUUUGAUCAGGCAAUGCAACACCUUGAGGGAAAAUAUGAAUUCAUGACAUCUGAUCACUCAUAUGUAUCACGGAAACAUGAGGAGGAUAAGGUGAUCAUCUUCGAGAGAGGAGAUUUGGUCUUUGUGUUCAACUUCCACUGGAGCAAUAGCUAUUUUGACUAUCGUGUUGGUUGUUUCAAGCCUGGGAAGUACAAGAUCGUGUUAGAUUCUGACGAUGGCCUUUUCUUUGGAUUUAGUCGGCUUGAUCAUGAUGCUGAGUACUUCACUGCUGACUGGCCGCAUGACAACAGGCCGUGUUCUUUCUCGGUCUAUGCACCCAGCAGAACAGCCGUCGUAUAUGCACCUGCAGGUGCAGAGGACGAAUAG